UUCUCUUCAAUACAUUUUUUCUUCCCACUUAUUGAUUUUGUUGGUCAGUAACAAGAAGACCAUUUACAUACGACUAUAUUUUUUAAUGUUUUCAAACAUUUUACAUAUUUGUAUUUUAUUCGGUCUAUUUUUAAUUUUUAGGGGUUCACUGUUGAACUGUUGAUUAUUCUACUUUACCACUUAAUAAUUCUUAUGCAGAAUCCAGAGAAUAUUUCUAAUCCUCAUCAAUCUCUCUAUGAAGAUUUAUUUUCCAAGCUGAAUCCGAUGGGCAAAGAUGAAAUCGAUUCAACCAGUAUUGCUGCUUUUCUAAGAACUGCUAAAGAUGUUAAUACGGCGCAGCUUUCUCAGAUUUGGAAAGCAGCUUGUAAAUCGAGUGGCUUUGUAAAGCGUGGAUUUCUAAACAAAUUGGGCAUUUUUAUGUGUUUUAAGGUAUUUUGUUUAAAAUUUAAAUGUACUUUUGCACCUUUACAAAUCUUAUCAAAGGAUUUAAUGUCUAUAUUAGGGUCGUAA